CCACUGGGACACAGAAACUGGAUUUUACACCAAAACCGGGACCAAGAUGAGCGCUACUUUCUUAAUUUAACUUUUUUGGACAAAGUGGCGAUGUCUCCGUCCUUGGCCCGAUCGGCUCCCAGUGAGCUCAACCACUGGUGGACUCAACUCCGCUUUCGGCUGCAAAAUAAAAAAGGAUGGAACGAGAUGUUGGACGAGACGUUUUUCCUUCACACCAAGAACAUAAACGACAUUCCUCUUUUUUACGCUGCAAAGACGAACAGCGUCGGCUGCAUCAGGAAGCUGUUAAGCUCCGCCUCCACAAACAUCUUUGAACGAGGCGCUCUGGGGGAGACGGCGCUUCACGUGGCUGUGAUGAACGACAACAUGGACGCCGCCGUGGCUCUGAUGGACGGAGCGCCGGAACUCAUCAACGAACCCAUGACCUCUGACCUCUUUCAAGGGGUGACGCCGCUGCACAUCGCCGUCGUGAACCAGAACAUAAACCUGGUGCAUCACCUGAUCAGCAGAAAAGGAGACGUGGCCACGCCCAGAGUCACCGGGCUGUACUUCAGGAAGAGGAUCGGAGGACUCAUUUACUACGGGGAGCACAUCUUGUCCUUCGCUGCCUGUGCGGGUAAUGAGGACAUCAUCACCAUGGUGAUAGACGCCGGGGCCAGCACGCGAGUCCAGGAUUAUCGAGGUAACACCGUGCUCCACAUCCUGGUGCUGCAGCCCAAUAAAACGACAGCGUGUCAAGCCAUGGACCUGAUCAUGGCCCGGGACGCGGAGCUGGACCAGGCCGUGCCCCUCGACAUGGUGCCCAACUACCGCGGACUCACCCCCUUCAAACUGGCAGCCAAAGAGGGCAACGUAGUGGCGUUCCAGCACCUGGUGAACAAAAGACGCAUCGUCCAGUGGAGUCUGGGUCCUCUGACGUCAAACCUGUACGACCUGACGGAGAUCGACUCGUGGGCUGACAACAUGUCUGUGCUGGAGCUCAUAGUGGGGAGUCACCAGAGAGAAGCUAGAAGGAUCCUGGAGGUGACCCCUGUCCGUCAGCUGGUCAGUCUGAAGUGGAAUCUGUACGGCAAACACUACUUCAGGCUUCUGCUGCUGCUGUACCUGCUUUAUAUUGGCACUUUCACACUAUGCUGCUCAUACCGCCCUCUAAAGGACGCUCCCGAGAACUACACCCUGUCAGACAUGGAUAAAACCAUAAGAGUACAGAAAACGUUAGAAGAGAGCUACGUGACACACAAAGACAGUCUGCGUUUGGUCGGGGAGGUCAUUAGCGUGCUCGGUGCUUUGCUCAUUUUAUUACUGGAGAUUCCUGACAUCAUUCGAGUGGGUGCAAAGCGUUACUUCGGACAGACUGCACUGGGAGGGCCUUUCCAUGUCAUCCUUAUCAGUUACGCCUGCCUGGUGGUGCUCCUCUGCGUGUUCCGCGUGUGCCAGUUGAACGGAGAGGCGGAGCUUAUGGCCGUGUGUUUGGUCCUGGGUUGGUGCAACGUCAUGUUUUUUGCCCGAGGAUUCGAAAUGCUGGGCCCCUACGUCAUCAUGAUACAGAAGAUUAUAUUUGGAGACCUGACCAAGUUCAUGUGGCUAAGUCUGAUUGUUCUGCUUGGAUUCUCCACUUCUCUGUGGGUGGUGUACAUGACCCAGGAAGUGGAUGCCAUCCCCGCCUAUCGCUCCUUCCCCAUCACUCUCUUCUCUCAGUUUGAGCUCAGUGUGGGACUCAUCGACUUACCUGUGGACCACACCAUUAUCACGCCCCCUAUAGUCCACGUCCUGCACUGCACCUUCUCCGUGGUCUCAUACAUCCUGCUGCUGAACCUGCUGAUCGCCAUGAUGAGCGACACACACUGGAGGGUCGCCCAGGAGAGGGAUGAGCUCUGGAGGACUCAGGUGGUGGCGACGACGCUGAUGCUCGAGAGGAGACUUCCCCGCUGCCUCUGGCCUCGACUCGGAGUCUGUGGGCAAAGCUUCGGACUCAUGGAGCGCUGGUAUCUACGGGUUGAAGACCGAAACGACCCCAUGAUGCAGAAGAUGCGGCGCUACAUUAAGGCUUUUCAGGAAGAGAAGGCGGGGCAAGAGAAGGAGGAGCAGGAGAAGAGCGACCCGAUGAAGUACACCCCGAAGCUCCGCCCCAAAAGAGAGAACAGGGAGGGGCGUCCGCUGUCCGGGUGGCAGAUCAUCAGGAACAGCGCUCUGGGACUGGACAUGGAGCAGUUUGACAUCGAAGAGGAUAUUAAGUUUGUCUAAAGCUCGAAGAGGAAAAGACUUUUAAGGGCGUCGACUCAGUGCACUGCAAAGAAAAGUGUAAAAACAUGGGUUAAAAUGACUUGAAUUUGGAAUUUUUCACCUAUUUUAACCAUUUAUUUACUUAACAGGACAAUUUAUAGUUAUAUAAUGCCUAAGUUCAUAGAUAUGUGUACCAGAUUGUAGGUUAGGAGUGUUAUUAUCUUAGUUUUAAGCGCUUUUUUAUCUCUAACAAAUAAUGAAACAGUGAAUCUUCCAUAGAGUUUUAUAGUUUCCCAUUUUCAUUACGUUAUAACAUAAAAUUCUAGAUCAAUACUCUAAAUCCAAGUCAUUUUCUCUCAUGUUUUUCUUGUGUUUUUGCAGUCAGGAGUUAAACGAGCCGACACACAGAGACACAGACUCUUGUUCUUUCUACAUAGGUGCAAUUACUACAGCAGUAUUAUGCUAUAAAAAAGAGUGCGUUAUUUUUGUAUAGACUUAUGUAUUAGAAAUGUGUAUGUGUGUAAAGGGUAGAUAUGUUUGUCCAUCUACCCCCAGUUCUUGGUAAAUACAGUAUAUCCAUCCUCAAAUUCAAGGACAAGGUGUUUUCCACAUUAUAAAUGUUGUGUUUGUACAAUAUUAAAUAUAAAUUCUAUAUAGCCUAAAUUUAAAGAGACGUCGUCAUGUAAAUGUGUAUUUUAAAUAGAGAGAGACGCACAGACACGCACACAUACAGAGAGACACACACAGACAGAGGGAGACAGAGCGAGAGGAGAGAAAGACACACACACAGUCUCACAGAAAGAGAGAGACACAGACACACACAUACAGAGACACACACAGAGAGACAUACACACAGACAGAGAGACACACACACAUACAGCGACACACAGAGAGAGAAAGAGAGACACACAUAAAGAGAGACAUACACACGUAGGAAAAGAGGGAGAGAGACAUGCAGAGAGUGAGACGCAAAAACACACAGAGGUAGACACACAGAGAGACACACACAGAGGUAAACACAAACAGACACACACACACACAGAGGUAAACACAAACAGACACACACACACAGAGAGAGGUAAACACAGACACACACAGAGGUAAACACAAACAGACACACACACACAGAGGUAGACACAAAGCGAGACACAGAGAGAGACUGGACACGUGGGUUGGUGUCA